CCGGCCCGGCCCGGGCUUUAGGAGCCGCGGGCGGGGGCUCGCCCGGGGUUCGCGAGUGGGAGCCGGAGCCGCAGCCACCCGCGGGCAGGGAGCGCCCAACCGCCGCCAUGUCCCACUCGGUGGUCCUGCGUGGCCCCUCGCCGUGGGGUUUUCGUUUGGUGGGCGGGAAAGAUUUCAGCGCCCCGCUGACCAUCUCCAGGAUUAACCCUGGCAGUAAGGCAGCCAUGGCAAACCUCUGCCCAGGAGAUAUUAUCCUGGCAAUUAAUGGAGAGAGCACAGAGAACAUGACACACCUAGAAGCACAAAACAAGAUUAAAGCAUGCAUGGACCAGCUACUGCUCUCCGUGAACAGAGCUGAAGGGAAGACCUGGUCACCCCCUGUUCUGGAAGAUGGCAAGGCUCAAGCGUACCGGAUCAACAUAGAGCCAGAACCACAGGACAACGGGCCUGCCCAGAGCAGGAGGUCGAUGCCACCGGGGGGUGGUGGCAGCCCCAUGGACAACAAGCCGCUGCUGAACGUGCAGCAUCACCACCCGACCCGGCUCUACGCCAGCAGCGGCUCCGAGGCGGCUCUGCCGGGGCAGCUGAGCGGGCUCCACAUCGCUCCGGCCCCGGGCCUCGAUGCCUUGAAGUCUCUCCCACGGAACAGAAAUGGGAUUGAUGUGGAGUCGGAUGUCUACAAGAUGCUUCAGGAUUAUGAAAAGCCCGUUUCGGAGCCUAAGCAGUCCGGAUCCUUCCGAUACUUGCAGGGCAUGUUGGAGGCUGGUGAGAAUGGUGAAAAACUCGACAAACUGAGCAACCCCCGAAGCAUCAAGUCCCCGGUGUCAAAGCUCGGCGGUGCCAUGUCCGGGCUGCAGAUGCUCCCCGAGUGCACCCGCUGCGGGAACGGGAUCGUGGGCACAAUCGUCAAAGCUCGGGACAAGCUCUACCACCCCGAGUGCUUCAUGUGCGACGACUGCGGCCUCAACCUGAAGCAGAGAGGGUAUUUCUUCAUCGAAGAGCAGCUGUACUGCGAGACGCACGCGAAGGAGAGGGUUAAGCCCCCCGAGGGAUAUGACGUGGUGGCUGUUUAUCCAAACGCCAGAGUUGAACUUGUCUAAACCCGGGCUGUGCUCUGGAGAGGUCGGGCGGCCGCGCGCCCACCCACGUCCUCCCCGCCGGCUGCGCAAUGUGGCUGUAAUCAACCCCGAUUACCAAAGCCCAAGUUAAAAUGCCUUUUCCUAGAUAAAACCGUUUACACUUGGGAUCUCCGGGGGAUGGUGUUGAAAGCAUACGAACAGGUUUUUCCCUUCUUUUUGACACUCUGCUUUUUGGGUUGCUGCGUUGGGUUAUUAGUCUGUGCCGUAGCCUUAUCCAAGAUCUGUGUAAAUACUGAUUAAUUCUCUAAUCUGUUUCAUAUAAAACCAGUAUUCCUUCUUUUGCUGUCCUCUUCUGAAAAAGCAAGGAAGAUGUUUUAAAAGCUCAAAGCAAAUAAGGCACUUUAACAAAAGAAGCUGACUCCUAUAUCCUAACCUUCAUCUCCUGCCCUCCAGCUGCCCCAGUGAUUAAAAACUGACCCCCUUACGAGUCUGGGAUGUGUCACUGGUGGGUCGGGGUCCCCGGCUCAGCCCCAUCCCAGCAGAUGUGCUGAGGAAGGACAGUUUCUUUCGACAGUAUUUGCUGUGAAAUUUCCCAGAUCAGGGCGCUGCAGUUUGAGGCUGACACGGACCGAUCUGAGUUCCCCGAGAGAUCUCCACACUGAGUGUGCGACGAGGCUUUUUUCUUCCUUCUUUCACUCCUAAUUCAGUUGUUCUCUGUCACCUAAUUGCCCAAGCGCACCUUUAAAGGACGCUGAAAUAGCACAGAGCCCACCUCGGCCAUUCCCCCCUCCCGUGCUCCUGCCCCCCAGCUGUCCUUGCUUUGGCCAUUCUGACUCUUCCCCAGCUUUUUGCUAUAUUUUUGUAGUCUUUUAUUUCUAGAUCCCCAGACUGCUGCUAUCCCAGCAGGGAGGGGGUGAUGAAAUCCCUCCAGGCACUUGGGAAGUACCCACAGCAGCGGUGAGCCCCGAGUUCGGAUUUAUACCCGUAUCCCAAGGCUGUGCCUUCAGCCAGGUCCAUUGUCUGCUUUAUUUGGCAGGGACAAGUUUUUGAGGAUCUUGGGAUGUUGCUUUGUUGGAGAAAUGUUUUAUUCAUGUUAGUGUUUGGAGGAGAGAGAGAGUUUAGUCUCCCAGCUGCUGGAUGCCACUACACAUGGUGGUAGGAGCUGUGUGUUUGGUACCACAAGGUUACUUCUGCUUUGCAGCAGCCUCCUUCUUCCUCACUUGAGAGAGGGAGGGUGGGGGGGAGAAAAAGAAAUGUCUGUGUUCACUUCCCUUCUGUGGAAAAGGAAAGUAAAAGAUGGGGCCAAAGCACUCCUUCCCCUUCUGAGUCUCCAUAACAGGGGUCUGAGAAAUCUGGGACUGGAGGAGGGUUGAGAGCUGACCAUACAAUUUCUUCCUACAGGCUCUGCACCCCAGAAGGGAGUAAGGAUUUUAGGGUGUUACUGGGCUACAUCUAGACCUCUUCAUGCCUUACAGGGCUUGAAGCUGCUCCUGCCCUGUGCCCAGCAGCCUCCCAGCAUGGAGCAUAUGUGCCCAAGCGUGCAUCUUGGCUGGCUCCCACCUUGGAGCUGCAGGGAUGCUGGCCGUGCGUGUUCUUGCUGGCAGCAGAACAUCCUCCUCCCCUUCCUUCUGCCAUCAGGAUUUUUAAUUAUUUAAAGUACAAGAAACACAUGGAUGUUUUUAUCACGGCGCUGAGCCUCGUUUUUUCUUGUAUUUGCAUCACCUUGCUCGGUAGGUUGGGCCAUCUGAAGGGAAAUACUUGGGACAACUGUAAAUGAGGAGGAGGCUAACAAUAAUCAGGUGGGAAGCGUUGCUGCCCCUGUUUGCAGGCCUCUGCUUGGAGCUCGUUAGUCUGCCAUUAUCAGAUAUAUUUGUUCUGAAUUCCUCCAUUAACCUCGUGCGUUGCUGAGGCAAGCUCUGGUGCCAGUAGCUUGAAAAUUCAGGUGUCACCCAAACCCAGGACUAAAUCCAGCUCAGCUGAGCAAUGGAAAACUCACAACACGAGUGGCGUGGGGGGGUUUUCUGAUUUCCCACAGCAGACGGUCGCAGCCGCCACUCCCUGCAGCUCCUGUCCCCCAUCUUGUCCCCCCACGUCGACUCCGUCGGUUAUGUCCUGCAGGGAUGCCAGCUGUCUGGCAGCCCUGGCACAAGGGACACCUGAGAAAUUCAUAAAUUGUUUCAUUUCCCUCAUUUUGAAUACCUAACUGAGCGGGCUGCUGGUGGGGCAUCCUUGGUCUCACCCGGCUGCUGCACCAGUACAGCACUGGGACCGCUGGGCAUGGGACUUCUCUUUUAAUUUGAAACAAAGUUCCCACAAAUCAAUUUUUCCGUGCGGUUGUCUCAUGAUACCCUUUCUUAGGAACAACCGACUCAUUUGAUUCCCCUGUGGAGCUUGGAGCUGGAGCCGCCCUUGCAACCCCCUCGCGGGGCACGUUGAUUCCCGGCUUCGGGCCACCUCGUUCACGUUAGGGGGUUUGUAGGAGCUGCGGCAAGCGAGCAUCCCGUGUCGCCAGGUAACACUAUUUAACUCUGCAAAACGUGGGGAAGGGCGCCGUUUGUAUGAAAUACAAAAUAAAAUUGUAUUGUCA